AUGAAAACUGUCGCAGAGCCUGAGAAGGAUAUCGGGGUGAUCCCGGCCCAAGCCGGAAUAGUCGACGACAUCGCAGUCUUAAAAAGAGACGCCGUAUUACUCAGCAAUGCAAAGAAAGCCACCGAGAAUGAACACAACAUGAGUGUCUGGGACUGUGUGAGGCUGUAUCCAAAGGCUAUUGCGUGGAGCAUUGUCAUCUCAACCUGCAUCGUGAUGGAAGCGUACGACGUGAGCCUCCUCUCAAACUUCUAUGCCUUCCCGCAGUUCAAUGAAAAGUACGGCCGACGACUACCAAAUGGGACGUACCAGGUGUCUGCCCCUUGGCAGGCGGCAUUAAGCAACGGAGUCAAUGUUGGCGAAAUCUUCGGGCUGUUGCUGAACGGACUAAUCUCGGAGCGUAUCGGAUAUAGAAAAACAGUGAUGAUAUUUCUAACGGUGCUUAUCGGAUUUAUCGCAAUAUUUUUCACAGCACCGAAUGUCAAGGUACUUCUUGUCGCUGAAAUCCUCUGUGGUAUUCCAUGGGGCGUAUUCCAGACUCUUACGGUUAGCUACGCAGCGGAAGUUUGUCCAGUUGCGCUGCGUGGUUAUUUGACUACCUACGUGAACUUCUGCUGGGGACUUGGUCACACUGUCGCUCUCGGGGUGAUUCGAGGGAUGCUUCACCGUCAUGAUGAGUGGGCUUAUAGAAUUCCUUACGCGUUACAGUGGAUGUGGCCUGUGCCAUUGCUGGUUGCCAUAGCGUUCGCACCGGACUCGCCUUGGUGGCUCGUUCGUAAAGGGCGGCUUGAAGACGCAAAGAAAGCCUUACUUCGACUGACUCGGCAGGAUCAGCGAGAACGUACAGGCUUUGAUGCUGAUGAGACCGUCGCCAUGAUGGUUCAUACAAACUCACUCGAAAAUUCCAUCAACAACGGCGCUACGUAUCUCGAUUGUUUCAAAGGCACCGAUCUGCGUCGCACCGAAAUCGUUUGCAUGGUAUGGGCGAUCCAAAACCUAAGUGGGAACUCCUUCUCAAACUACUCGACGUACUUCCUCGAACAGGCUGGCUUKAGUGCUGACAAUUCCUACAAUUUUGCCCUCGGCCAAUAUAGCAUUAAUAUGGCCGGUGUUCUAGGCGCUUGGUUUCUUAUGUCCCGAGGCAUUGGUCGUCGAUCCCUUUAUUUAUUUGGUCUCUGUGGGCUAUUCUGCAUGUUACUGAUAAUGGGGUUUCUAGGGCUGGUGCCUGCAGAUCACAAACGUGAGGCAUCCCUAGCAACAGGUUCUUUCAUGCUGGGGUGGGCAUUGUGCUAUCAACUCACUGUUGGUACCGUUUGCUACUCGCUUGUUGCGGAAUUACCCACACGCAGAUUACAAAUUAAGACCGUUGUCCUCGGCCGAUCCCUUUUCAUCACUGUUAAUAUUGCAUGUAGUGUUUUGACUCCAUAUAUGCUAAAUCCGACGGCAUGGAACUGGCGCAACUUCGCGGGAUUUUUUUGGGCAGCAAGCUGUGGGCUAUGUAUCAUUUAUGUGUUCUUUCGGGUUCCUGAGCCAUCUGGAAGGACUUUUGCUGAGUUGGAUCUGCUGUUUCAGAACCGUGUAAGCGCGAGGAAAUUUGAGUCAACGGAAGUCGAUGUCUUUGGAAAUGGGGACGCUCAUGCCGAUAACGAGAAAGGGAUUACUGUUCAUGUGGAGGUGACAGAAACUUAA